CUCCCCCGCUCUCUCUCUCUCUCUCUCUCUCUCUCUCUGUCUGUGUGUGCCCCAUGGCUUCCUCUCCGUCAUCUUCUUCCUCAAGAUCUACCAUGUUCUACUAUGGCGGCUUUGAAGACCACCGCGACGAGCCUCACUUCCUCGAAGCUUGCUUCCUCUGCCGCAAACCUCUCGGCCUUAACAGGGACAUCUUCAUGUACAGAGGGAACACACCGUUCUGCAGCAAAGAGUGCAGACAAGAACAGAUAGAAAUCGAUGAGUCAAAUGAUAAAAGCUGGAAGGUUUCAUCGAAAAGAGGCGUGAGACAAUCGGAAUCGAAUCAGAGCUCCACAACCAGUAAGACUGUAAGAACCGGAACCGUCGCUGUUGCCUGAUUGAUUUUCGCGAUAAUAAUCCAAUUUUGAGGAGCAAACCGCGAAAGAGAUGUGAAAUCUCAGGCAAGAAGAAAAAGAAGAAGAUGAAGAGUAAUAAAUUUGAUUGUAGAUUCUGAGGAAUUGGGUGAAUUAUCUUCUUGUGUCUGAUUCCUUCUCUGUGAAGGUUGGGGUUCUGAGAGAGACAUGAUGAUCCCACCGAAGAAUUUUGCCUGUUUUGUUUUAAUUUUGUGUUUUGGUUUCAAAGUUUUAAGAGGCAAGGCUGAUAGAUGAUGAUGAUGAUUGUGUAAUUCUUGUAUAAGGCCUUGAGAGAUGAUGCUUUGUUCUGUGAAAAACACUCUGGUGCAAUGGAAGUAUCAAAGAUACUGCUAUGUUUGCAUAUUCAAA